AUGGUCUCCACCAGACCCAAAAACAAACUCCGAGGCAUACCCCAAGGAACCAAAAUCGAUCUCACCGGAGAAAGCCCCCCACCGUCAAAACCAAAAGCUUCGAAAAAGAACCCACGCCAAAAACCAAUUCCGAUGGACACUACACCUACCCCCUCAUCCAGAACCCUACCGCAAAUCGAGAGCCCCUCGCCGGUGGACGAACAUGCCAUUGAGCAAUUCACAGCGGAGAUAGACGUCCCUACUCUCGGCGCCAGAGACCAGCAUGCAGCUGAAGGAGAAGGCAAUGCGACACCGAAAAAGGCGAAGGAAGGCGAGGGAGAACCAUCCAAAAAGAAGCGCACCCCCACUGCUCCGAAGAGGAAGAAACCGGCGGCCGAAAAAUUGGCCACGCCGGCCGAAGAAUCAUCCAACGAAAGAAACGAACCCUCUGGUUCGGUGAUGCAGAGCGAGGAAGGGGAGUCCGGCGAAGAGUAA